GCAUGGCAGUCACUCUGCCCGACUGUCAGCCCUUUCCCAUCACACUAUUUCUCUGCUGUUUCUCUGAGCAGUUCUGCAUUUUUGGAGGAAGUGUGUUAUUCUGGUCGGUCACUUUCCCAGUAGCGACGGUCUCUCUCUCUGUGGCCCCAGCAAUGUGACGUCCCUGCCCCGCACUCUGUGGCACCACAUCGACCUGUUACUUGGCAUCGCUGGGGCUUUGCUUGGCCUUUGUGGGUUCUGCAGAACAGAAGGAACGACACGAGAGGUGACAAACAGCGCAGACCCCACAAAAUUACUCAGCAGCCGGUUCCGUGCUGUGACCCCCACAAUGGGCUGCAUCAAGUCAAAGGAUUCUCAUGGGUCUGGCAAAAGCCUGGGACCUCCCGAAAGCACCGAACCCCAAGCCCAUUAUGUCAAGGAUCCAACGUCUACAGCUGUUAUGACUAAAGUUGAGAGAUCAUCUAAGCACCCCAAGGAGGAAGGGCAAGAAGAAGUGGUCCUGCUGGCUUUGUAUGACUAUGAUGGAGUCCACCCUGGAGAUCUGACAUUUAGAAAAGGCGACCAUCUCCUGCUAAAGAAAGAGUCGGGGGAGUGGUGGGAAGCGUAUCUGAUUUCCACCAGAGAAGAAGGCUUUGUUCCUAGUAACUACGUAGCGCGUGUCGAUUCGCUGGAAUCCAAAGAGUGGUACUUUAAAGACAUGGGCCGGAAGGAAGCUGAAAGGCAGCUGCUGUCUCCUCUCAAUACCUGCGGGGCAUUUAUGAUCCGAGACAGUGAGACAACAAAGGGUUCCUUCUCCCUCUCGGUGCGAGACUCGGGGGACACGGUGAGACAUUACAAGAUUCGCACCCAUGAAGAUGGCGGCUUCUUCAUUUCUACGCGGAUCACGUUUCCAUCGUUGCCAGAGCUGGUCUCCCAUUACCAAGGUAAAAUGAGUGGUUUGUGCCAGUGCCUGACAGUACCGUGCCAAACUCUGCGCCCAGAGAAACCGUGGGAAAAGGAUGCCUGGGAGAUCCCGCGCGAGUCGCUGUCACUGCAGAAAAAGCUUGGAACGGGGCAGUUUGGAGAUGUUUGGCUGGCCACCUACAAUGGACACACAGAAGUAGCGGUGAAGACUAUGAAGGCGGGCAGCAUGUCCCCGGCGGCCUUCCUGGAAGAGGCCAAUCUGAUGAAGAGCUUGCAGCACGAGCGGCUGGUGCGCUUGCACGCGGUUGUGACUCAGGGGGAACCAAUAUAUAUCGUUACUGAGUAUAUGCACAAGGGGAGCCUCCUAGAUUUCCUGAAGAGCCCAGAAGGUUCCAGGCAGCCGGUCACUCAGCUCAUUGACUUCUGUGCCCAGAUUGCGGAAGGAAUGUGGUUUAUUGAGCAAAGGAAUUAUAUUCACCGCGACCUACGGGCGGCAAACUGCCUGGUAUCGGAAACGUUACUGUGCAAAAUAGCCGACUUUGGGCUGGCGCGAGUGAUAGAGGACAGCGAGUACACUGCCAGGGAAGGUUCCAAAUUCCCCAUCAAGUGGACCUCCCCAGAAGCGGCCAAUUAUGGCUCUUUCACUAUCAAGUCGGACAUCUGGUCGUUUGGGGUGUUGCUAAGUGAGAUAAUGACAUACGGGAGGAGCCCGUAUCCAGGUAUGUCCAACUCAGAGGUGAUGGCGGCCCUGGAGCGUGGGUAUCGAAUGCCGUGCCCCGGUACCUGCCCAACAGAACUCUAUGGGAUUAUGCUCCAGUGCUGGCAGCAGGACCCCCACAAGCGCCCCACCUUUGAAUAUCUACAGAACAUCCUAGAGGACUUCUUUAUUGGCACCGAGACCCAGUACCAGGAACAACCCUGAUUGGACUAGAAACAAGUAGUUCUGGCCCUCCCCUUUGACCCUGAUGUCUCAGAACCGUGGUGAAACCCUGAGUAGAUUUGUGGGGUACCAGGGUCACCCCUACUACUUAUCCCUAAUAAUAACAAGUGAGAUUGCUGAAGUUUUGCCCUGGGAAAAACCCAAAUCUACCAACAUGGGCCAGUUUUACUGCACCCCGACCCAAAUGCACCCUGUAUGUUAUGCUGCCUCCUCAUUUCUACCCCAAAAGGAACCCCUCACCUUCAUGAGCCUUUACAUCAUGCACCCUAAAUGCCCCCCCAAGCCCUGCUGGCGCAGUACAGCACCGCCCCUCGAAUGCUCUAUAAGGCUACAAUUGUGAUACUUUGUAUUGCUCAUUUUUAUAUCAAAGCCUUCUCCUAUUUGCAUUCCAGCUCCUGAUUUAAAUUACUGCCUGGUUGCUAAGGUAAUUUGGACCCUAGCAGCCAAAUAGCUGCUAAAAUUCCAAACUGGAGAGCUGCUGAAUAUAAAGCUAAAUAACUCAAAAACCGCAAAUAAUAAAGAAUGAAAACCCCAAA